AUGGUUAUAAAAUUAAAUACUUUUCCUCUUUCGAAACUUUCUUUUGACUUAUUAGUAAACAUUUUAUCAUUUUCCAUAAAACAUGAAGGUUCUAAAGUUAUAAAUUCUCAACUUAUUUAUGUUUGUCGAUUUUUUGCUAAAGCUGCAAUUCCUUUAGUUUGGAAACAUUUAUAUCUUCAAGAACCAACUCAACGUAAAAUAUUUAAAGUUUUACAAACAUGCCUUACUUCACCUUCUCAUAAAUUAUUAUUUAAUUAUCAAUUUAUGGUAAAAAGAGUUACCAUUUGUCCUUUAUCAAUAUCCAAUAUAAAUGGUUUAUUACAAACACUUGAAUUGGUUAAAAAUAAUUUACCAAAUUUAUCUAGUUUAAAUAUUGAAGAUAAAUUAUCUUUAUGUCAUUCUUGUCACUUUAGUAAAGAAGCUACUACUGAUCAAUUGGCUGAUUUAUUAUUACAUUUUUCAAAAAAUUUAAAUGAACUUUGUUUGGAUUCCGAUCAUUCAACUUUUAAUGAUGAAUUAUUAGAAGUAAUUUGUCCUCGAUUUUCAAAUCUUCGAAAAUUAUCUAUAAAUGGUUCCAAUUUUACGGAAGAAGGAAUUUUAGAAUACGUUAUUCCUAAUCUUAAAAAUAAUUUAAUAGAAUUUUCUGCUGGUCGUGGUGGAAUAAGUCCCAAUUGUUUAACGGGUAAUACAGUUCUCGCUUUACUUGAAAAUUGUUAUCAAUUAAAAAGUUUAUCAUUAGAAGGUAUUAAUUUAAGUGAUAAUGAUUUUAUGGGAGAGGAUUUACCUUUAAGUAAUUUAGAAUAUCUUUGGUUAGGAAAAACUUGUGAACCACAAAAUUUUACGGAACGAGGACUUUUUUCAUUAUUAAUUACAUGUAAUGAAACUUUAACCACUUUAGUAUUAGAUUUAGAUCAUUUAUCAAGUUUUGUAUUUCAUAAUAUUAUUAUUCCAUUAUUUCAAGAUCAAAAAUUACAAGAAUUACAUUUGGUUUCGGAUUCUUGGGCUGGAUGGACAGCCAAUUAUCCUCAACCUAGAUCAGAACAGGAAUUCAGAGCCAAAGAAGCUAUGUGUAGUUGGAGGUUAAAAGCCUAUUCGGGUAUUACGAAUGAAAUGAUAAAUCUUAUUGGUGAAAAACUUUCUACGUUAAAAGUAUUUAGUAUUUUGGGGGAAAAUUAUUUGAAAUCAACAUAA